UUAGCCAUAGAUGUGUUUUAUUAAAAAUGUUGAACAUAACGUUUUUAUUGUUGAUCGCCGCAUCUAUAAUAACUUCAGAGCAAUCACGACGAACGAUCGUUGAUAUUCCGCUUACGGGCAUAGAUUCGCGAUUCACAGAAGAAGCAAAUAAAAAAGACUGGGAUGAUCAUGAAAUCAAAAAGUUCUUGUCAACAAGACAAGCGAAACAAUCAUUCUCAUACAAAUACACAAUUAAAUUAAAACACAAUGUAAAGAAAAAAGAAAACAAAAAGGAAAAAAUGUACGAUUUCAAAUAUAAAACAGCCUGUAUAUGCAAAGAUUGGAAAUGUGACUGGAGGAGAUCCGGGCAUGGUUCUGAAGAUAUAUCAAGAUAUAGAGAUGAUGCAUUUAAUGUAAUAAAUUUCUUCAAUACUUUGCACAAAUACAAUAAUGAAUUACGUAAAGGUGGAGAGAAGAUAAAAAUGCAAAGGAAUUGUCAAUGUCUACGUAAGGUUUGUCCUACCAGAUCUAAGGAUGAUUUUCAUAAUGAAUAUAACACACAGGAUAUAGAUGCAUCCGUUAAUGUUUAAUGUAACGGAUUAUUCAACAUAUUAAAAUUCAGCCUAUAUCCUUCAAGUCUUUUAAUUUUAUGUUAAACAACAACUCAGUCGUUAAAUGACUACUAAG